UAUAAAACCUGGCAAGUCCCAUCCCCGGCAAUCAUAACGGAUUCAGAUAUCAAAGAAAUUAACCGAAAUAUCAACUUAGAAAGUAUGAAGUCGUUGAUCGUACUGUGCUGCUUUGUGAGUGUAAGCUUGGCAUUCCCAGGAAUGUUCUCCGCACUCACCAGAAGAGAUUCUACACCAAGCGUUGCAGAAGCUAUCCAAAAAACUACAUCUAUGGUAGACAAAAGAACAAUUGAAAAGAGAAGGUCCGAUGGCGUUGGACUGGCUUUUCGUUGGAUUGACUCUAAUCAUAAUGGUCACAUCAAUGCCGACGAAUUCUCUACUUUUUAUGCAAAUGCUAAUAUCCCUGGCUUGACAUACAGCAAAUCCGAGUGGACACAAAUGUUCAACCAAGCCAUGAAUCUUAUUGAUACAAACGGAAAUAACGAAUUGGAAAUGGGAGAAUUUCGUACACUAGCAAGUAUGGGAAUGGGAAAAUAAGGAAAGUAAUUCAUUGACUGAGCACUGCUGUCAACUUUAACUAUUACACCGUUUGCAGAUUAGAAGAAUAAAAGAAUAAUUAUAAGCUUUA